CCAAGUACCGCAGGCCGAUUUAUGAUUAAAACCCUAAAACUUGGUUCUCCUACAUCUUUCUCCGUUCAUCCUCACUUACGGCCACCCCCACACCCACCCUCUCUCACACACGCAUGUCAUUGUCUCCUCUAUCUCUAUUCGACGUUCCAUCAGCAAACCAUCUCAUCUUCAUUUCAUCACCAAGGAAGGCUAAAGGAACUGUAACACCUCAGGAAAAAAACAUUUGAUUUCGAGAUGUGUGAAGAAGAAAAAGCGGCAAUGAAAGCCAUGUCCGAAGAUGUACCUGACAUAGAAGCAGAGUUUGAAGAAGAAGAUGAUGAGGAGUGGUCUUCUGAUUCAGAAAUUGGAGAUGCUUUGGAUUGGUUGGAUCUGAAAGACACAGAAGAGGGUGGUGUUGAUGUUGGGAGUACGAUUACUCUAAAAGCUCGACGGCCUAAUGCCCAUGGUGGGGCUUUGUCCAAGCCCAAUUUAUCAACUCUUCAACCCCUCUCUAAUCGCAACCAAAAGUAUUCCCAUCAUAUUCGUGCUUCUCCUCUUGAGGAAUGGGAGGGAAGGGUAAAUGUUGGUAUGUCCAACUGUGUAACCACUGCAAUCCGUAAGAGUGUACAGGGAAUGGCAAUUGGUAAAAUAAAAAACACGGAGAAAGCUGACCGUGCUACCGUUGAGCAAGCUAUUGACCCUAGAACCCGGAUGGUUCUCUUCAAAAUGUUGAACCGUGGUGUGUUCAAUGAUAUAAAUGGUUGUAUAUCAACAGGAAAAGAGGCAAAUGUUUACCACGCAACCAAGUCUGAUGGUCAAGAAUUAGCUAUUAAAGUUUACAAGACUUCAGUUUUGGUGUUCAAGGACAGAGAUAGAUAUGUACAAGGUGACUAUCGUUUCAGAUAUGGAUAUUGCAAACACAAUCCUCGGAAAAUGGUUAAGACCUGGGCUGAGAAAGAAAUGAGGAAUCUUAUGAGGCUGAAAGCAGCAGGAUUACGCUGUCCCACGCCAAUUCUUUUGAGGCUUCAUGUUUUAGUCAUGGAAUUCAUAGGGAGGUCAGGUUGGGCGGCGCCUCGACUUAAAGAUGCUGCACUAUCACUUGACAAGCUGCGAGAAUGUUAUGUUGAGAUAAUUACUGCAAUGCGGACCCUGUUUCAAAAGUGCAAGCUAGUACAUGGUGAUCUGAGUGAAUACAACAUAUUAUAUUUUGAGGGCCACUUGUAUAUUAUUGAUGUUUCACAAUCCGUUGAUCUUGAUCAUCCUCACGCACUCGACUUCUUACGAGAAGAUUGUGUUCAUGUAUCUGAUUUCUUUAAAAAAAAUGGUGUGGCUGUGAUGACAAUUCGAGAACUUUUUGAUUUUAUUGUGGAUUCAACAAUUUCUGAUGAUGCUGUGGACUCUUACUUAGAAGAGGUACAGCAAAAGAUUCUGGCUAGAGGGGAUACAAUAACGGCUGAGGAGCAAAUAGCCGACUCUGUAUUUGUUCAGUCAUAUAUCCCAAAGACACUCGAACAAGUCAAAGAUGCCGAAGGAGAUGCUUUUCGAUUGACCAGCGGGAAUGACACAGGAGAUAUGUACUACAAGACAAUCACGGGACUGAAUCAUAUGACUCAAACUUCUGCAUUACAAGAAGCAGCUAUAACCCGUUCUGAUUUGGGUGUUGAUGAAACUGAUUCCGGAUCGGGUAGUGACGAUGAUGAUGAAGGUGAAGAUGAUGAUAGCUGUAGUGAAACAGAAGAGAAGCGACCUUCUGGCACUGGGAAGUUGGCCCCUGAAGAUAGAAAGGCUGCGAGGAAGGAAAACAAGAAAAAAGUUAAGGAGGAGAAGAGGGAAGCUCGGAAGACCAAAAUCCCCAAGGCAGUAAAGAAGAAAAAAAAGAAGCUUUCGAAAGCGCACAAAACAAGGUAGAAUUAAUGAGCAAGUUUGAUUAGUUUUAAUACUAACAUAUACUUCUAUUAACAUGAAAAUCGAAAACGAGUUUGUGUUACUGUGAAGAAAGAAAGCCCAGAGUGGAAAAUCGCCCUUUCCCAGUUUGGUUCUUUGAUUAUAUGUAAAUAUAGAUUGAGAUGAAAAUUUUGCUAUCCUAAAUCUAUUGAGAUUACUUUCA